AUGCGAUUGAAACCCGUUUAGUGGGCUAGGCAACUUCGGCGCAGUAUAAAAGGCCGACGGCCACUGUUUCACUUCGAGAAGCUGCUCUAAAAUGCUGAAAUAUACCCUCAUCUUUGCCCUGUUCGUCGCUUUGGCCAGCUGCAGUGAGGACGAUCUGCAGGCGCAGCUUCUGAAGUCGGAGAACAAGCAGAACCUGGACGGAGCUGGGCAGUUCCAGCAUGAGAUCACGGUCAGCAAUGGCAUCCAGGUGAAGGCUCAAGGCAACGUGAACGGCAUCCAGGGCGAGUACUUCCUGCCCGGCGAAGAUGGCAAGCAGAUUCGGGUGACUUACACCGCAGAUGCCACCGGCUUCCAUCCGAAGGUCGAGGAGUGAUCAAGUUACUUUUAUGUUUUUUAAUUUAUAAUGCCGGUUUUUUCCAUAAAAUGAGCUGUGAGUUUAAGUGUUGUUGUGCCUAUAAAACGUUUCCUGGGAUACUAAGAUGAAGUUCAUGGAGCGCCUCUGCAUCUUCAUGCAAAGGCAUAUGCAAUUAGACAUGGAAUGGGUCAUGUGGCGGCGAGUACGGCGAUGAUUUCCUCCUCCUACUUCCUGCUGUACAAAUAAAGGUUUCCGAACAGCACUCAGCUUCAAAAUCAAUGGCGGUGGAGGUGGCAUGAAAUACGCAUUGUCAUUCGCAUAAUAGGGAACCCGGCGGAAAUGGGGCAAAGUGGGGUAACUUACCGGAAGGGAAGCCAUUCGGGCUAUUGUUAAGCGUCAAAUUCAAAUAUGGACUCGCCCAUUGUGCGGGUCAUUGGAAUAGCUUACGGAAAUGACAACUUAAAUGGGUGCUGCUCCCAUUUGGCCCAUUUCCCGCUUCACUCCGCCAUCCGCAUAUCCUUGAAAAACACUAUG